GUUUCUUAAACUUGUUUAACGUUUUCGAGUGUUCCAUGCCGCUAGCCUGAUUGCUACGUGUCCGCACGUGCCGUGCACCGCGCUUCUCCUGCUUUUAGUUUGGAGUUUGACCAGCAGUUCUCAUUGUACAGUGUUAGUUGAAGAUUGUAAUUGUAUUAUUGUUUCACUGUUGUGAAUCGUUAAGUAGUACUGUACUUGUUUUGAGCUGUCGUUGUACAAAAGGUUAAGUGUAUAUUUUAAUGUAAUUUGUUUUUGUACUGUUUUAUUAAAUUACAUGUUUAAUAGUAAAAUCGUAUUUAAUGCAGCUCAUUGCAGAUUAUUACAGCAGUCAGUCUCCGUGAUCAGCAGUUACAGUAGCGUCCCAGACGAAACCACCGUUAUAAACGUAACACUACUAUUUCUACGGUCGUGUUUUAAUGUAUACCGUUCUUCAAUAUUGUUGUAUAAAUUGAACGUUUUGGCCUGUCAUUUUUUAUUUUGUAGAUAACGGUCGUAUGUUUUUUCAGAAUAAAUGAAACUUGAAGAAUAAACGGAACAUGUAUAUAAAUGCUUUUUAAAAUGAACAUAAUGUAUUAGCUGCUCAAAACUAAUACGUUUUGUAUUCAGUUUGAUACAUUUUUUGUGUGGGAAAACAAGACGCGGACAAAGACGGGAUUUUUUAAAAUUCCUUUUUACAGACUUUUUAUUAUUGACUUAUUUAGCGCUUGCCGUCGCAACGAAAACGACAUGGAUAAGCAAAAGGAGGCCUUGGGGCGCAUUGUUGACUCUUUACGUACUAAAUAUGUUGAAGCAACAGCUUUCGAAUCUGAUCUACAAUCUGAUCUCCGUCUUUUAAGCGAAGCAUUUCAUUCGAGUCUUGACGACUUAAAUUCUGAGUUCGAAAAACUUGAAUCUGCUUUAGAGUUGAGAAAAAAAGAAAUGCUUGCGAGCGUAGAGGAAGAAAUGAAUAUGAAGACCAGUUUAAUUAAGAAUCAGUUGAAAAAUUACCAAGACUCUAGAACAGAUGCUGACGAGCUUAUUUUAAUAUCUAAAGAAGCAAUGGAUAUUACAAAUAACACUCAAUUUAACCAAGUUGCGUUGUCAAUUAAAGAAAGAGUCACAAUGUCACCAAUAUUUCGUCUUUCCUCUGUGGCAAGUGUGACAGAUAUUUCUUGUCACUUGGUGGCUGAUUUUACAAGAGAGCAAACGAUUCUAAACAAGCUAACUUUUUUGCCAGUUCCACAGACCCCUAUCAUACUAGAGGAAUUAUGUACCGCAAGUGACAACACCAUAACUUGCCAGUGGAAUUUACCAACUCCCGACACUGAGGAAAAUAGCGCUGUCGAAAACGAAGACAUUAUAUUACCUUCUACCAUUGAAUCUUACGUUUUUCAGUUCCGACAAGUAAAAGCUGACCAGGGAAAUCAAGACGUCCCAUGGAAAACUGAGGAAAAUAUUAAAACAAUGGAAUAUGUCAUUAAAGGCUUGGUUUUUGACAAACCAUUUAUUCAAAUUCGUGUUCAAUCUUGGAAUAAAGCUGUAGGCGGUGAAUUCAGUCGAGUUGCAACAAUCGCAACACCUGCCUAUAGUUUCAACCUUGAUGCUGACGCCUGUCACGGGAAUUUAAAGGUUACAACUCCUAUCACAGUGGAAUGGGACCCAACAGCCAUGAAAGCACCAGAAGGGCGAGCACGAAGUGCAGGAAAAACACAAACAUCAAAUAAAACAUCGUCGCCAAAAAAAACAAAGAAAGACAGAUUUAUUGGAGAAUCGUACACUGUACUUGGUGAUUCCCCCAUUUCCGAUGACGAAAUAUAUUAUGAAGUUACUGCAGCCCCUGACUCUAAAACUUACAGUGUGGGCCUGACGUCUCGUUCUAUCAGUCGUUACGAUCAGAUCGGACGGACCCCAAAUUCUUGGUGUAUUUUUGUCUCAAGCUGGAUACAGAACACAUUCGUUGCGAAACAUAAUAACAAAAUGAAAAACUUAGAAGCUACAAAAGUUCCAGCAAGAAUUGGUGUUUAUUACAAUUCCCAACUAAACUUUCUGUCAUUUUAUGAUGUAGACACACGUUCAUGCAUUCAUUCCUUCAAGCAAGUGAAAGCUCUAACACAAAUGGUUCCUGGCUUUUCUGUAUGGUGUGGCUCUAUACAAAUACAUACUGGUAUACAGGUGCCAUCCUGGGUUCUAAAACAGCCUGCGUCACCCCAAACUAAAAGCAUUGUAGCGUCUUCAGUAGCUUCAUCUGAACAAGUCGAAACAACCUAAAAAAAAUAAAAAUAAUAAGCAUAUUUACCGCUAUGCAUGUGUACAGUGUAUUUAUAUAUGAUAUAUGGGUGAGGUCCUACAGCAAGCCACGCCAGGGACCUCAAUUUAGGCCAGAGUUGUUUCAUUAUUGUGUAAAGUAUAUUUACUUUUGAAAACAAUUAUUAUUUGUUAUUUUUCUUAAGUUUUAGCAUUUGUAAAUCAAAACUGCUUUGACAAUUACUGUUUAAAAAUUGAAAAAAUACAAAAGGGAUAAAAAACCAAUGAUACAGGAUAGUGUUUUGACAUAUUUAUUUUUUGUUUUUAUGUUGCUAUUUUAUUAUCCAGUGUUUCAAAAGUAUUGCCAACGUGAUAAUUUGGCGUUAUGUAACAUAAAUUUGGUGUUAACUAGUAUUAUGCUGCAAAACGUUUAUAGCUUUAUAUUUAUAGCCGUUUUUUGUUGUUUUCUUAAGUAUGUCUACAAAGUACUGAAACUUUUAUUUUAAAUGUAACAAAGAAAAUCCUAUAUGAUUAUCAAAAUUUGUUUUUUAAACAACAUUUUACUUUUGUUUUGUUUUUGCUGGUGGUCUGAUUAUAUGUGUAGCUGUUAAGUGUUGCAAAUGUAUUUCAUGCUGGUAAUCAAAUAUACAAUCAUACUUAUAUGA